CACACACACACACACACGCUGUCACACGCACAAGCAAAUGGUAAGACGAGUAGAGCAUCAUGGCCAGGCUUAAGAGUCCCACUGGGACGUUUCUGUUCAUCCUCAUCCUCAGUGCCUUCAUCAUGGACACAGAGACAGCACGCUGCUGCCUUUCCUACACACGGAGGCCUGUACGAUGUGGCUUGCUGAAAGGUUACUACAUCCAGGAAAUCACCGGGAGCUGCGACAUCAGAGCCAUAAUUUUUAAGACAAAGGACGGGAAAUCCAUCUGCGCCAAUCCCAGAAUGGAGUGGACUCACAAGAGGAUCAACUGCCUCUGGGAAAAGGCUGGAAAGAUGGACUGAGAGUGACAUCUUGUUCCAGGAGACAGAAGAACACUCGGAACGAUUUAAAUGUCAAUCUUUAUUAUUAUAAAUCUAAAUUUCAAGGCUGUCCUGGACUUCUGAAGCGCUCAUGUUCACUUCAGCUAACGGUUUCCUACGUUACCCACAAUGCCGUGCUGAAAGUGGUGCAGUGGGAUUCAGCACAUGUUUUAUAUUAACUUAAGAUGAUGUGAUGAAGUGAUGCAGCGGCGCUUUAGUGAUUUACUCUCUCACCUGCUCACUCGGCUAAAACACCUGAGCUCCCAAAACCUGAACCUUCAUCACUCCAUCACUCUGUCGCUGAGCAGAUGAGCCCGGUCUCUGAAACAUAUACUGUAGCUGCAAAGCAUUCUGGGAAUCAAUGUCUUAAAAACUCCUACACUGGAUUUGUCAUUAAGAUGAUGAUGAUGAUGAUGAUGAUGAUGAACUACCUUGCUAGGAGAUCAAAUCUGCAGAAAGCGUAACUGUUUUGAGAUUUUUUUCUAUCCUGUUAAACUCCAGUGUAACUGAGCUAGUGGUAGGAAUAAGAAUUACAGUAAUAGCAUUAAUAAUGACAACACUGCCCCCUUGUGACAUCAGAGCAACAAUACACUCUCACAGAAAUAACAACAACAAACAUUUCGAUAUAAAGACCUUUAAUCUGGUGUAGUGGUUAGCACUGUCGCCUCGCACCUUCAGGGUCUGGGUUCGAUUGUCACCUUGCGUUUGUGUGCAUCAAGUCUGUAUGUUCUCCCCGUGCAUGAUGGGUUUCCUCCAGGAAAUGGAUACCCCAUGAUGGGUUUCCUCCAGGUACCCCACCUCGUGCCCUAAGACUCCUGGGAUAGGCUACAGAAUAUUAGGAUAUUCUGGACCCUGUCCAGAGGAAACAGCGGGACAGACAAUGAGAUGAUGGUUUUAUACACUGAAUGAAAACUGAUCCCUAGUUUAUCUGAAAGCUAAAUUCUAAACAACACCUGCUCAAGGAGAUAUCCUGGUGAUCUCCAGCUCUCACUGCCACUCGAUCUGUCUCAGAUCUUCCCUUUAUCGUAUAUAUAACCUGUGCAUAUCCUUAGAGAGAUGACUAUGUAAAGUGGAUUUUUCUAAAUAUAAGUAACUCACGCAAUCAAGCUAACAUGAAGCUAACUUAAAACAGAAACAGUGUGUAAAUGUGUUGUAUGUAUUAAAGAUUUUUAAAGUGAUAUCUGCUCUGGACACCGACGGUGAACCCGGAGCACGAGUGUAACGCAAGUCAUCGAGGACAAAUUCCACAGCCAUUGUACCUUGGAAAAAUGUCAAUCUGAUUUUGGCAGCCAUUCACUAUUUUGCACAACACUGUGGAAAUAUUUCUUCCAGGAAGAGAACCGAGUUAAAUUUGUACUAAAUACACUUUAUGACUUUGAAACAGCAGCUCGAUGUGGCUCAGUGGGACUGCAGAAUGUUCAUGUGAGUCUCAGGUGAACUUUGGAAUGUGCGCAGAAUGAAGGUUGUGGAUCUUGGCCCGGAUACUUUCAUUGUUCUGGGUGAAAAACUUCACACUCGGUAUGCAGAGCAGGAAAACUUAUAACGACCAAGAUCUACUGUACUGUACAGUACUUAUAUGCAUCUGAAUUUUGAUGUAAGACAGAUUAAAAGAAAACUGAAAUAUCCUUUUAAAUGAUGUAUACAGUAACCAGAGGUGGUAAAUAACACAUUGAAUACGUUGUUACCUUAUUUGAGGUUUUUUUUUAGUGUAUCUGUACUUUACUUGGGUGUUUUUCAUAUGUGAUAAUUUUUACUUCUACUCAGGACAUUUUUAAUGAAAAACCUGUACUUUUACUCCUUACAUUUAAAAUAGAGAUUUAUUACUUUUUCA